GCCAUGUCGAGUUCAGCCACCGCGGCGGUCCAGCAAACUGGCGCGCCGUCGCCCUCGUCGCGCUCGCAGCCCAGUCCGACACCUGCACCCGCCCCCAUCCGUCGAGCGGCCGCCUCCGUGCCUCCUCCGACUCUAUCGCCGACGUACGACUCGUUCCUGUACGCCUACCCGUACCCGGCCUUCGUCCUCCCCGCGACGCCUCUCCCCGGCCGCAGCGAGCCCUCGCUCGAGCCGCUGUUCGUCAACUCUCCCCUCGGCCUUCUGCUCCUCGGCUCCGAGUGGCCCGCGACUCCGACCGGCCUCGCCGGCGAGGAGGAAUGCGGAUACGAAAGAUGCGGGCGCGCGUUUCUGGAAGCGCUGGGAACGACCGAGGCCGCGCAGGCGUUCGCGCGGUGGAUGUCCGGACCCGACGCGAGCUUCGAGCUCGCGCUCCACCUGCGAUGGGCCGGCGGGGGCGACGCGGCGGAGGGCAAGACGGUCGUGACGCUCGACGUGACGAAGACCCGGCUCUCGGACGUGUGCAUAUGCACCUCCGUCCCGCGCUCGCCUCUCCCCACCCCUCGCGCCCGCGCAUCGCACCCCUCCCUCGCCCGGGCCCCCUCCCCCGACCCCUCGUCGCCGAUCCUCAAACGCAAAAACACCCCUCCCAAGAUGCCCCACUUUCCCUCGAUCCCCACCCCGUCCCGGUCUGCCUCGCCGUCGACGCAGCACCGGAACGCCGACGCGGACGACGGGCGGCCACAGCCGACGCCGGAAGAGCGACGGAGGACCAGGGCUCCGCACAAUCUCGCGUACAGGCCGCCCGGGGGCGAGGGCAGCGUGCAGAGCAUGAUCGCGAGCUUUGAUUGGAGCAAGACCAGCCUCGGCCCGAGAGAGAAGUGGCCGCUGGGCUCGGAGACCGUCUUAAGCUACGUGCUCCACCAUCCCUUCCCCACGGCGCUGUUCUGGGGACCGCAGCUCACCAUGAUCUAUAACGACGCGUACGUCGCCAUGGCGGGUUCGAAACACCCUGCGAUAUGGGGCAAGGAGGGCGCCGUGGCGUGGGCCGAGUUGUGGGAAGACAUUGGGCCGCUCGCCGAACAGGUGAUGGAGGGGACGACGGUCUUCAGGCACGACGAUCUGCUGUUCUUCAAUCGUCUCACGGAGGAUAAGCUUCCGGAAGAGACGUACCACUCGUGGUCGUACACGCCCGCGCGGCAACACUCUUCCCCCUCGCCGUCCGCGCGGCAACACUCUCCCCCCUCUCCGUCCGCCACGCCGACCGACGGCCCAGCGAAGCGGGACCCGCGUGCCUCGCUGCCAUCUCCUCCCAACUCCACGCCUCUGGAUCCGACGCCGCGUCUGACACUGCGGGCCGGUGCGAUAGCCGCGUCCUCCACGGGAUCGACGGCAGCAGCUCGUGCGCCGUCGGCGAUAUACCCGCCUACGCCGAUGGACGACGAUCGUACUCCAGCACCGACGUACAUGGCCGCGUCGAUAUCGGACGCCGCCGCGGCGGAAUCGAACGAGCGAGAGUCUGCAGACGAAACGGCGCCAGGCGCCGCUAACCCGAAUCCCAUCAUCGGCUUCGUCAACACCACGCUCGAGACGACGAAGAAGGUGCUCGCCGAGCGGAGGCUGUCCCUCACGCGGCAUCUGGUGUCGGGCACCGCGCUGACGCGCACCACAGCGGAGUUUGCGAAGGUGGUGAUCGACGUCCUUUCCGGGUUUUCCCAAGACGUCCCUUUCGCCGCUCUCUGGUUCUGCGACGCGGACGACUCUCCUGGUAGGUAUCGCCCCGACGCCUUGCUCGCCGUCGACGGCGCCUACGAUGCCACCGCCGACCACGACGUUACAGGACGACACGAAACGCCGCUCUCGCUCGCCGUCUCGCCGUCGGACGGACACUCGCACGGGCACGGGCACGGGCGCGCGAAGCCGCCAUCGCGGGUGACGCUCCGCCUCGCGGGCGCGCUCGGCAUCCCGCUCGGGCACGCGGCCGCGCCGGAGACGGUCUCGCUCGGCGUCGAGGCGCACGGCUCGGCCUGGACGGGCGCGGGCAGAUCGGCGGAGGGCGAGUCUUCGUUCCAGGGUAGCAGCCUCGCGCUCGGGAGCUUGGGCGCGCCGGUGCCGGAGAAGACGCGCUCGGACGGCGGCGAGUCGAGCCGGAGCGGGCGCAGCGACGCGUCUGCGAACGUCGCGCGGAGGACGAUGUGGGGCCCGCAGGUUCCGACGCCGGCCGCGUCCGCGCCGGGGUCGCUGGGCAGCGGACGGGCGCAGGGGCAGGGGCAGGGGCAGGCGGGACAGGAGGCGGGGGCUGCGACGGCGUACCCGUGGCCGUUCGAGGAGGCGCUUGGUUCGCAGCGCCCGGUGUAUAUGCCGGCUAUUCCGCCGUCGACGGCGAAUGCGCUCGAGAAGAGGGGGUGGGGCGACGUUCCGCGCGAGGCCGUUGUGAUACCCAUCGGCGGAUCGGAGGAGGAGGAGGAGGAGGAGGAGGACGGAGGCGGGCGAGGAUACGGGCUAGCGGCGAUGCCUUCGCCGUGCGGGUCGCUUGGAUCGUCGAACCUGAACCCGUUGGCUAGCCGCUUGGGGGCUGCAGCGCGGAGUCGCAGAGGAGGGGGUGCGGGCGAUUUGAGGAUGCCGAAGAUGCUGCUGGUGGUCGGGCUGAACACGCGAAGGCCGUACGACGAGGAGUACAGGGAGUGGGUGGAGAUGCUGAAGGUCAGUUUGGACUCGACGCUGGGCGCUGUCCUUGGGCGGCAGGCGGACAUCCAGCGAGCGAACCAACUCGCGCAGCUGGAUAACGCGAAGACCGCGUUCUUUAGUAACGUGUCUCAUGAGCUCCGUACGCCGCUGACGCUCAUCAAAGCGCCCCUGGAAGACUGUAUCGCGCAUGCAUCAGACGGCCCGAUUAAGGAGCGACUGAAGCUUGCUGUGAGGAACGUUACGCGUCUGGGGAGACUGGUCGAUUCCUUGAUGGACUUCAGCCGAUUAGCUGCCCAAAGGCUGCAGGGCAAGUUUCAUCCCGUGGAUAUCAGCGUAUUCACAGCGGAUCUCGCGUCGUUGUUCCGAAGCACGAUCGAGAAGAAUGGUAUCAGCUACGAUGUGCAAUACGAACCUGCUGGGGCAAGGCUGCUUUAUGUCGAUCCCGACAUGUGGGAGAAAAUAGUGUUCAACCUCAUUGGAAAUGCCUUCAAAUAUACCAUGAGUGGAAGCAUUCAAGUUCGGAUACGAUAUACGGAAACCCACGGCUUGUUUAUCGUAGAGGACACUGGUGUCGGCAUCGGGCCGGACGAUGUGGACAAGGUCUUCGGUCGUUUCUAUCGCGUCGACUCUGUCAGUCGCAGUCACGAAGGCACAGGCAUAGGCUUGGCACUCACGAAGCCCGAAUAUUCCAGGAACUGGUAUCACUUCACGGGGGAACACCUGCCCCACGCGGAUGUCGUCGAGGAAGAUGCUUCAAUGCUUUCUCGGGGCAAUUAUGCACGGGGUAUCGUCGAGGAAGCGAGCCGAUGGGGCGCGGCUUUCACGUCCACUGACGGUCAAACACCUAGCGAUACAAGCGAGCAGGGUAUGACGUUUGCCGUCACUCCCUCAGGAAGUAACAGCAGCGGAAGCAGCGGAGGACGCGUGGACCCUGCUACGCUCUUCUUCCAGAAGUCCGACGUCGUACUUCUUGUGGAUGACAAUAUGGACAUGCGCAAGUACGUGAAGGCCAUCUUGUCCCCGUAUUGUACGGUUGUGGAAGCGCGCCAUGGGCAGGAGGCGCUGACCAUGCUCGAGGGCGGUUUGCCGAACGUCGUGCUGAGUGACAUAAUGAUGCCCGUCAUGGAUGGUUUCGCCCUUCUAGAGGCCCUCCGAUCUAGGAAGGAUACUCGCCUGAUCCCGGUUAUCUUGCUUACUGCUCUGGCUGGCAACGAGGCUCGCGUUGAGGGACUGCUUUCUGGAGCGGACGAUUAUCUACCGAAGCCAUUCAGCGCAAAUGAGCUGGUAGCACGAGUACAUCUUCAGAUGCUAUUGGGAAAGCGCCGAAUCGAGCUCGAAGCACGAUUUGAAGAGCGUACGCAGGAAAUACAGUUAUUAUCCGAAUUGUCACCCGUCGGCAUAUGUCGCUCGAACCGUGAUGGGCGCGUCAUCUAUGCAAACCCUAGAUUUUUAGAGUACUCGCAACACUCGGCGGAGGAACAAGACAUGUGGCAAGACGCGGUCCAUCCUGAAGACCAGUCUAGCGUUUCGGAGGCUUGGAACACCGCAUACACGAAGCGAGAGAGCGCUUCCGUCGAGUUUCGCUUCUCGAGCGGGACCUGGUUUCUGGCUCAUAUUCAACCUCUUAUGGAUGGCGGCUGUCUGGCCACUAUCACCGAUAUAAACGCUCAGCGAUUGUACGAAACAUCGGAACUCCUUCGGUCGCAGGAGAGAGAGGCAUCUGCUCGAAAACGGGCGGAAGAAGCUGAGCAACAGCGUCAGGAAGCCGAUGAUCGUCGAAGAGGUCAAGAACUGCUGAUUGACGUCACAUCUCACGAGCUCAGACAGCCAGUAUCGGCCAUUUUAAACUGCAGUGCUCUCGUCCGCGCUAACCUCGCGAGUCUGCGAGACGAACUCUGGAACUGCAGUGUGAAGGGCACCGCAUAUAUUCCUCCGUUACAUCUUUUCGAAACUAUGGAUGAAGAUCUAGACGCAUUGGACUCGAUCUAUCAAUGCGGCCUUGCGCAAGAGCGGAUCGCCAACGAUGUUCUCUCGCUGUCUCGCAUUCAGCUCCAAGUCCUGAACAUUGUGCCCACGGACUUCGAACUGAUUGGCGAGGUUCAGCGAAUCUUGUCCAGAUUCCGUAACGAGGCCAAAAUGAAACGAAUACAAUUGACACUACAGACGGGUGUAUCUCUCACACAGCUGGGUGUUACUUACAUUGUAUCUGACAAAUCCCGCUUCGGUCAAGUCAUAACCAAUCUCCUCAGCAACGCAAUCAAGUUCACUGAUAUGUCCACGUCGGAAAGGAAGAUAACUGUCACGGUUGAAGCUUCGGUUGAUCCUCCAGCGGGCUCAACCUUCGAGCCCUCUAUCCCACUUCCUUUGCCUGGCGAUGUUCCCCCGUUGACAGCUGGAUCACCAAUAUACAUCUUCGUCACUGUGAAGGACUCCGGUCCCGGUCUUCAGCCUGAUGAUCUGGACAGACUUUUUCAGAGGUUCCAGCAAGGCUCGAACUCGCAUGACGUCUUCGGGGGCUCGGGACUUGGCCUCUUUGUGUCGCGCCAGCUCUGCAACUUGAUGGGUGGCAGGAUAGGGGUUCAGAGCGUCCAUGGUCAAGGCGCCUUGUUCUACUUCUUCAUCGAAGCCAGGGUGGCAGAAUCCAGUUCACCUACGACACCUUUCUCUGAAACGGGUGAUCCCAUCCUGGCCGCUCGCGUCCCGAACUCCAGGAAGAAUAUCUCGGAUCCUCGCAUAUCUUAUCAUGUCUUGGUUUGUGAAGAUAACCUGAUCAAUCAAACUGUACUAGUGCGGCAGCUCAAGAAAGUCGGCUGCACAACGGCUGUGGCAUCCAACGGUCUUCAGGCCCUCGAACAAAUACGGACGUUGGCCGCAAGAGAGCCGCCGCAAACUUUCGAUGCUAUACUCAUGGAUCAGGAGAUGCCUCUUAUGGAUGGAUCCACGGCUGUGCGGCGUAUCCGCCAAAUGGAGCAAACCGGGCAAAUACCCAAGCGAAAUCGGAUCUUCGCUCUGACGGGCAAUGCUCGCGGCGGGCAGGUGGAGAAUAUCAGACAAGCCGGCGUUGAUGAUGUGCUCAUCAAGCCGUACAAGUUCGAGGAGGUCCUCGACCGUAUCCUUUCGCCUUCUUAGCCGCGACUCGUAGGGGAAAUGGCUUCUGUACCAUACUACAGGCUACUAACCACCUAAUGCCUUGCGUACUGUAUCCAUUUUAUAUUAGCACAUUCCCCUGCUUUUGUACCCAUCGCAUGUAUACAUACACUCAUACAUAUCAGUACACA